AUGGAGACGGAAGAGGACCUAUUGAGCGCCAAAAUCGAGGUGGCGGUGCUGAAGUUCAAGGAAAAGGACUUUCUGGAAGGCCUUGCUUUGUAUAACGACAUUGUCAGGGGUCUUCUAGAGAAGUCUCCAGCCAGUAUAUCUAAGGCUAGACGAUUCUAUGACUUGACGCCUAGACCGCUUUUGGGUAUACCUUGUCAUCCUAAACUACUCCUGGUACUUGACCAUAGAGCAGCUACAUAUGAGAAGUUGGGAAACUUGCCUAGAGCUUUGAAGGAUGCACAGAAGGCCAUGGCACUUGAUCCUUUGGACCCUAAGGGGUACCUACGAGCAGCUAAGGUGUUGCUUAAAGAGGGGAAGGAGACAGACGCUUAUAAGGUGCUCCAGAAGGGGCUUUAUACGAUUGAAAAGGCUUCGGAAAAGCAUGAUAUUUCUGUUUCCCAGACAUUAUUCACGGCAUUGAAGUCGAAGUACUCGGAGCUCAAUAGGAAGCUUAAGAAGAAACGGCUUAACAGGGACACGCCUCGACCCGAUGAAAGUAUUAAGAAGGCCAAGAGCUUUGCUGCUUCGGGUCUACAGAGAAAACUUGAUGAAAUGAUCCCGCUUCCUCGCUCUACUCUGGCUCCUGUCAACGAGUAUACGGUAGUAUCAGACGCGCCAGAUUUGGAUCCAUUGAGUCGUCUUCCAGUAGACGUGAUUGAACAGGUGUUCUCGUACUUGCCAGUUAGGAGUCUUUUGCGCUGCCACUUGGUGUGCAAAGAUUGGUACUCCCUUCUAACUUCCAUGCCAAACUUAUACAAUGACAUAUUCUCCUUGAGACACAGGGUAACUGCGCCAGAGUACUUUGGCGGAUUGAAGCUCAUGAAGAAGGUAUCCCAGUAUCUGUACCUGAAGUCCAUUUUCUCGGUGAAGCUCUGGUCUACCUAUAGUGAUGUCCAUUUGGCCAGGAUCUUGGAAAACUUGGUUUCUGACGAAACACUCAGAUUGAAGAAAUUGGAAAUUGUGAACAGGGAAUUCAGCAUGCAGCUUCUAUUGAACAAGUUGGAGAAGUGUAAGUGGAGUAUUGGUAACUUGGGAAUGAUAGAAAAGCUCAGGAUGGUCGUCAAUAGACCUCUCAUCUACCCGCAUCUUUUAUUACACUUAUAUCCUCGCCUUACCGAUUUGGAUAUUGUCGUGGCUGAUGAGCUUGUGGAAACCUCCUAUGAUCCAUUGACUCCUACCUCUUCUGAGACAUUCAAGAGCUACAACGAAGCCCUGAAACACAAAAAUUCACUUCAAUCCCUCACAGCAUUUUCAUACAUCAGUCAUUCCAAGUACAUCGACAAGCGGAUGGUCUCGCAGCCCAAAAUCUUGCUGUUUCAGUUCCCAUCGCUUACAAGAUUGACACUUGUUGGAGUCAAUUUCAAAAAUAUAUCCCAGGACUUCGGCCGCUUAAUCUCCCGUUGUGACAACCUUGAUAUUUUAUACUUGGAGAACAACCUUGAGCUUCCCAUUCGGACGCUCUUGAGGGUACUUCAACUUUUCCAAGCCGGCUUCAAGCUUAAGAGACUUACACUCAGGGAAGAAGGAGAGCUGAGACACUCAAGUUUGAACGAUGUCGAACUCGAUUCGCUUCCUUGCUUAUCUGAUUUAGAGCACUUGGAUAUCUACGGCUCGUCUUUAUCAUCAAGAGGACUACUCAAGCUACUUACCAUAGCCAACAUGGGCUCGCACCUUUCUUCUUUAAAUGUCGGGAGAUCAAAAUAUGUAUUCUUCCGCCGUGAUCAAUUUGUCUUUGGUCAUGAUGUGAUUGACUUUGCCCAAGUCUUCCAGAUCGUGCCUCACUUGCACACUUUGUACCUUAACGAGAUGGAUCUCGAUGGCUUAUCGAUGAGACUUCUCCACAAGGAUCUUGCGACAACCUGUGGCUACGAAAACAUCAAACUUAAAAAGCUUGACAUUUCAUUUUGUCAGAAAAUUGAUGGUAUAGGCCUCAUGAACUUGCUUAACUUCUCCAGUUCGCAGCCAUCCAAUCCCGAGACUCUCCGUCUUGAAGAGCUUAUACUUGAUGGCCUAGACAUCCACAAAGGCUCAAUUAACCUUUUGAUAAACAAGGAAAUUGUUAAAACUAUAAAACACGAUCCUUUAAAGACUAGUUGGAAACAAAAAGGCGUCAAUACGUUGGAGCCAUGGUAG